AUGAUAAGACGUAAUUUUAAACAGUUGAGGUCGAUAAGAUGCUAUGCCACAUCAGCAGAAUCAUUUGAUCCUCAUGAAAAGUUCAACUUGCCUCCUUGGCCGACUUCAAAACGGCCCAGUCCGUUUGAGAUCUUUGACAUCAAAGAUGAGCAAAAGAACUUAUCUGUCACUGACUUUAAUAACCUUUUAAAGAAUAAUUACUCCAAAUUCAUAAAAAUAUAUCAUCCUGAUAUCUCCAAGCAUUUGACCAUAUACGAUAACAAGCACAAGGUUCUCACCAGUGACAUGAAAAGAGAUAGAUUCGAUCAAAUUCGAAAUGCGUAUGAGAUCCUUAAAAACCCCAAGAGAAGAUUAGCAUAUAAACGUUAUGAAAGUACAACAUGGGAUAGCUACAAGCCUGGUGCUAGUAGCUUUGAAGCAUACAGAAUGGCAAACUCACAUAGAAGUAGUCACAAUUUUCUGAAGGAUGAAGAGUUUUGGACAGCGGGAACUUGGGAAGACUACUAUCGAAUGAAGUACAAAAGACCUCCUCCAACAAAAGAAGAAUUUGAAAAGAACAAGUACAGGAUUCUAGCCGGCGUACUAGUCGUUGCUGGCUUAUCAUUUGCAAUUCAAAUGAUGCUAGUAAUAGAGAGAUCUAAUGAAUAUGUUAGACAAACCAAUUUGCAUAACUUGAAGUCAAUGCAAGAUUUGCAGCAGACAUACGAUAACUACGGUGAAGGUACUUCAAGAUUUGAAAGACUAAAGAGAUUUUUGACUUUUAGAAGGUCUUAUUUUAUGGAUAAAGGCGACGAAAAAAUGGAACAGCUCAAGAAAGAAGAUCAAGCGAUGUUAACUAAGUACGCUCAAGAUCAGCUUAAAAAAUUUAACUGA